CAAUACUAGCUUGGCUCAAGCAAAGAAGAGAAGCAAAUUUAUACCUUGAUCGAUCAAUUACUAAACCAGGAAUUAAACUGCGAUUUUUUCGAGCUUCGAUUAUGGUUCGACACUUGAUCGCGAGAUCGACUACGCUCUUACGGGAAGGGAGAAACAAUUACAAGCAAAUGUUGCACCACACUCUCCAUCAUGAUGAUGAGCUCAUCCAUGGAGUACCAAAUAAGGAUCAAAACAACAACAACAACAACAACAACAACAAAAACAGUAAUAAUAAUAAUAAUAAUAAUAAUAAUAAUAAUAAUAAUAAUAAGAACAACAACAAAGGUGGAGCCAAGUGUACUGCUGAGUCAGCAUUGUGGGUCCCACACCCCAGGACAGGGAUAUACUACCCCAAGGGGCAUGAGUGGGUCAUGGAGGAUGUGCCCCAAGGUGCCUCAUCCUUCCCUCAACCCUACUGGCUCAGGAGUGGUGAGGUGGUGGAGAGGCCUCUUCCUACUUCUACUUCUACUUCUACUUCUACUUCUACUUCCUCCAAAAGUGCUUCUUCACACAGCAGUGAUGAGAUCUUUGAUCAUCCAUUCCUCAAUCUAUAAGUUAAUUUUAAGUGUUAAUUGCACCAUUAAUUGAUCCCCCGACCUUAAUUUAUCCGGUUUUUUCAUUUUAGUUUUAAAAAAGUUGGCACUAAAUAAUAAUUGUCACGUCAGGACCAAAUCUUGUUACGUGAUAGUACUUUUUCAUAGUAUUUAAUAAUGUUUUUGACAGAAUUGAAUGAACUUAAGCAAAACAAAUUACGAAGGUUACGACAGGGGAAGAUAAAGAUUGGGAAUCAAUUAAUGGUGUAAUCAACCCUUAUCUCCAUUUAGUGCCAUUUUAUAGCUAAGUGCUCAAGUACAAGAAGGAUCGAUAUAUAUAGUUCUAUAUAUAUAGAGAGAGAGAGAGAGAGAGGCAUAGAAUUAAUAAUGUACAUGUUUGGAAUGACAAAGAAGAGAUCUCCUCUGUGGAAGCUAUCCAAAUUGGUUGUUUUCUGAAUGAUUUGUAGCGUUGGUGAUUUUUUUUAAAUUU